AUGUCUAAUUCACCAAAUCCUGCUCAUAUACAAAAUAACGCUACAUAUAUAGAUACCAAAAUGACUUCAGAUCGUGCAACUUUAUCUAGGCUGGAUGAACUGGUUUUCAUACCACAGCUAGUUUCUUCUCUUACCCCUCUUUCACCCACCCCUUCUCUUAUUUUUUCUUCUUCGCCCUCUUUUAAAAAUGAAAAUUCUGAACUUUAUGAUCAUUUCAUAAGAAUAUUAUUUACCACUAGAGAAUCAAUGCCAGAUGAUUUAUGGGAAGAGUCGGUCUUUGAGUGUCUUGGAAAUUGGCCGAAUCUAAUUGAACAAUUCAAACAAAUUAUUAUUCGUGAAACCAUUAAUUUUUAA